AUGAGCUUCGACGCUGAGAGCGCGGCUCCAGUGCUCGCCGCCGCCGACUUCAAGACCAUCGGUCCCUUGAUCGCCGAGCUCGACAAGCACCUCACCCUCCGAACCUACCUCGGAGGCUACAGCCUGGGAGAGGCCGACGAGAAGGUCUGGACUGCCCUGCGCACCAACAAGGUCACCAUUGGCCUCGUCCGCAAGGGUAGCUACGCCAACGUCACACGAUGGUUCAAGUUCAUCGAGGAGGCUCACCCCGAGCUCAAGGAGAAGCUCAACGAGGGUAAGGCCAAGUCGACCGAGAAGCGCGGGGGAGCCAACUACAACAUUGGUCUCUCCAACAUUGAGGAUGGAGUCGUGACCCGAUUCCCUCCUGAGCCCAGUGGUUUCCUUCACAUCGGCCACGCCAAGGCUGCUCUCCUUAACGAUUACUUUGCCAAGAGCGCCCCCGACGGCAAGGGCAAGCUCCUCGUCCGAUUCGAUGACACAAACCCCUCCAAGGAGAAGCAGGAGUUUGAGGAUGCCAUCCUGCACGACCUGGAGCUAAUGGACAUCAAGUAUGUCUCCGUCACCCACACCAGCGACUACUUCCAGGAGCUGUACGACAUUGCCGAGAAGAUGAUCCUCGACGGCGGUGCCUACGCCGAUGACACCGAUCCCGAGGUGCAGAAGGCGGACCGCAUGAACCGUCUCCCCAGCAAGCGACGUGACCGUCCUGCCGAGGAGUCUCUGGCCAUGUUCCGCGAGAUGAAGGCUGGCACUGACCUGGGCCGGAAACACUGCAUUCGUGCUCGUAUCGCCUACGACUCGAGCAACGGCUCCAUGCGAGACCCCGUUAUCUACCGAUUCCCCAACUUCAAGGAUAAGGAGCCGGCUCCUCACCACCGCACUGGCUGGGACUGGAACAUCUACCCUACCUACGACUUUGCCUGCCCUGUCGUCGACAGUCUCGAGGGCGUCACACACGCUCUGCGAACAACCGAGUACGCGGACCGUAACGAGCAGUACCACUGGUUCCUCAAGAACCUCAAGCUCCGCCAGGUCAACCUGUGGGAGUUUGCCCGUAUCAACUUUAUCCGCACAUUCCUUUCUAAGCGAAAGCUCACCAAGGUGGUGGACACUGGCCGUGUCACUGGCUGGGAUGAUCCCCGUCUGCCCACUGUCCGUGGUAUCCUCCGUCGCGGUCUGACUGUUCCCGCCCUCCGCGAGUUCAUGCUCAAACAGGGCCCUAGCCGAAAUGUUGUGACAAUGGACUGGACAACCAUCUGGGCCAUCAACAAGAAGAUGCUCGACGCUGUUGUCCCCCGAUACAUGGCGAUUGAGAAGAAGGAUGCUGUUGCUGUGACUGUGACUGGAGGCCCCGAGAAGUCGUACAAGGAGGAGAGACCCAAGCACGUCAAGAACCCCGAGGUGGGCACCAAGCAGGUGACGUUUGGUCCCAAGCUCAUCAUCGAUCAAGCCGACGCUGCCUCGUUUGCCGAUAACGAGGAGAUUACCCUGAUGAGCUGGGGCAACGCCAUCGUGCGGGGACUGGACAAGUCUGAGACGCCGAUCAAGGAGCUCAACCUCGAGCUGCACCUUGCCGGUGACUUCAAGACGACGGACAAGAAGGUGACGUGGUUGGCCUCUGACCCCGAGAACCUAGUGGAGGCGGAGCUCUGGGAGUUUGGCUACCUCAUCACCAAGGACGUUCUGGAGAAGGACGACAACCUGGACGACUUCCUGGCAGAGAACACGGCGACCAUGACGGAGGCGCUGGUUGACGCCAACAUCAGCUCGCUCAAGGAGGGCGAGUUCCUCCAGCUGGAGCGCAAGGGCUUCUUCCGGGUGGACAAGGCUCUUGGCCAAGGACCCGAGGGCCGUGCGGUGCUGUUCAAGGUUCCCACAGGCGGUCAGAAGAACUAG